AUGCUACUGUUCCUAGUGAGUGACACAAUCAAGUUCCUGGUAUUGUCAAUGGACAGAGCCUGGUGGCCGCAUCAACAGGCCUCGUACAAUGUAGAUAAGAAUGCGACCAUUCAUACACGCACACAUUAUUUAAAAAUGCGGAUAAAUACGCUGCGCUCACAGCUGUUGGCUACCGAGAAGCAUUGCAACGAGCCCCUGAACCUAAUGUAUCAGAUCAAUGCCAAGGACUUGUGGCUGUAUGGCAAGUAUUUCCUGCUACUGAUGUGCCUGGUGCUAGUCUCCUGGGAUGAAUUGCUCUACUACAAUACCAAGCAGAAGUACACGCUCUUCAAGAACAAUCAGACUCGCACCUUGGGAAUAGUCAGCAUUCAAAACCUGCAAGGGCUGUUCACGUUUCUUGAGUCUGCACUUGUGGCGCCCUUUGAGCCGGAUUCGGAAGUUACUGGACAAAAGAGAUGGUUGUAUGGCGAUCAUACCGCCAAGUUGGGUGUUGUACGCUUGCGACAGCUGCGCAGACGAGAGAACUUUCACAUUGGCUGGGGUGAAAUCGAGUUCUCAGAUUGGGACUAUAUGCCCAGAUGGGAACUACCAUAUCAACGGAUGCUGUACACAGACAAGUAUUGGAAAAUCUAUGAGCCAUGGCUGCCCAUAUAUCCCACGCAUAGUACAUCGACUAAGAUGUUAUUCGGCUUUUAUCAUGAUGGCUAUACACAGAGCUUCCCGGAGCUGCACGGCUACGUAACAAUGCUUGCGCGCAGCUAUAACAAUAGCAUGAAAGUGAUUGAUUAUCUUAUAAAUAUGAAUUGGCUGACAUGGAACACAUCGGCGGUAUUCGUAGACUUUACGCUCUACAAUGUGGAUGCCAACAUGUUUACCAUAUGCACUGUGCUGGUCGAGCAGACGCCAUUUGGCGAUAUUGUUACCACACUGAACAUAUUCAGUGUCCAAUUGCAGUUCGUCGAUACUCUGGGUACACUGGGCACAGUCGUGGUGGCCAUCUAUUUAAUUGUGCUCAUACAGUACGCCAAAUCGGUGGUCAUAACGCUAUGGUAUGAGCCGCACAAGCUACGCAGCAUGUGGAACAAGCUGGAUUUGCUUAUCCUAGUGCUAAAUGUCAUUGUGAUCAUUCUGAUUAUCAUACGGGAAAUAGUUGUAUCGAAUCUGCUCUCGAAGGUGGAGAGUUCAAGUAAGCUUGUGUUCCUUGACUUCAGGCUGCCGACACGCUUGCAUUUGUCGAGUACCAUAAUGGUGGGAUUUCUUGUCUGCAUGGCCACGUUGCGAUUGUGGCGAGUGCUUCUGUUUGCCAGCGUUUUUCAGUUAUUCUCGACUACGUUGUACUCGGCAUGGAAGGCGUUGGCUAGUACAGCCAUAUUAAUACUUAUAUUUUUGUUCGGCUACGGCAUGGCCGUUGUCAUUAUAAAUGGCAACAAUACGGUUACAUUUGAGAAACUGCUAAAGAGCAUCAUCUCGUCUUUGUGCUUCUCCUUUGGCUUUACCUCACAGUUCAAUCCCCGCGAUCUCUUUCAUGGCGGCAGUUUUCUCGGCUUAAUUCUAUAUUUAAUUUUGGCCUUUGUGGUUGUUCAGCUGAUGAUGAACCUUUUUGUUUCGACAAUCAACGAUUAUUUCUUACAUGCCAAGCUCCAGCGAGAUGCCAAAGCGUUGAACUACAUCAGCUUCCUGCAGUUUCUACGUGUGGAGUAUGCCCCAGCCUUUCGAUUCUGCCAGAAGCUGCCUUUCUGCCGACGAGGCUACAAGCGGCAUAAUCGCACAGUUACCGAAAACUUGGAUAUCAAAAUGGACAAAAACAAACGCUGGAGUGAAAAGAAAAGAUACCAAGCUCUUUCUUUUGGUGAUGAUACUAAAACGGAAACCUUCAAAGGCGAUGAAAAAUCUAGGCAAGAAGAAUAUAUAACGCAUAUUGAACGUCUUUAUACGGUUGCGGCCCUCAUGCAAACCCAAAUGACAUUACUUGACCACUUGCUCUUUAAGGAGGAAGUCAAUUUAGAUGAAUCAGAUGAUGAAAGCGAUUCUGAAGAUGAAUAUGUUUAA